AGCAACGGCAUAGGCAUAAAAACAAAACAAACGCCAAAUUAUAUUUCGGUGGCAAAAGGAUUUCAAAGAUUUUUAACUUACGUCUGCUGAUUAUUUAAUUUGGGAACAUUUUACAUAUUUACCUAGGUACUUUAGUGAAGUUGAAGAUGGAAGCCUGUGUAAGAGGAUUCUCAUUCAUGCCGGAUAGUCACGAUGCGACGGCAGUGGAUUUGCAGUACAUCGAGGGCAGUGAGUUGGAGCGCGCGUGGAAGGCGACGCGACGGGAGAGAGUCAAGGCACAGGAGAAGAGGAUAUGGAGCGACUUCGUGAACGACCAUGACUCUUCCACGGCUUUGUAUAACAACGACCCGUACCAGUUCCUGGAGCGGCUGCCCGAGGGCUCCCUGCGCGAGCUGAUGGACGCGACGCUCGCGGAGAUGCGGGCCGAGGCUGUGGAGACCACCGCUCAGUCAGAACCAGGCAGUGAUCCUGAAGAGCAACAGAAGCAGGCAUCGGACGCACCCCACAGCGCACACACCGUGACCUUUGCGGAUUCGGACUUGGCUGCUGAGCGAGACGAUGACGUCUUCCAUCUCUUUCAUGAUGAGGAUGAUAAUGAUGAUGGGCAGGUUUCUGUUAGUGAAGAAAACGAAGAAGAGAUGUUAGGCUCCAGUGACACUACCAUGAGGAAACAGCAGCAGGAACCCUCGCAUACUGCCACCGUCACUGCGAGCUCCGAUAAACAGUCUAGUAAAUCUGAGAACGUUUGCGAUACGGUCACCAACAGCAUCUAUUGUGCUAAAGUGAAAGAAUUGAGAGGCAAGAUCUGUGAAGAAUUAUUGAACAUCAAUUUGACGAUGGAGAACAAGUUAUACUCUCCUCUUGAUGGUGAAGAGCUGAGCAAGAGUCAGAAGCGAGGCGCCGAGUUCUGUACGCGCUUCAACAGGAUACACCUUUAUCAGAUUACUAGACAGAUAAACGACAUAACCCGCAACAACAGCUCCAAGCUCCCGUUCGCGCGCCACACGCAGUUCCAAGCACAGAUGGUGCGCGCCGUGUCUCUGCACCAGAACGUACUGCAUGCGCUACAUGCCCUCCACAAGUACCUCACCGCCAACGCCAUAGCUCGCGAGGUGUGCGCGUGCGCAACCGACCUGUGCGCGGCGCUGCGGGAGGGGGGCAGCGUCGCCGCUGCCGUGCCCGCGCCAGCAGGCUGCGCGGAGGAGCUGUAUAGUGACAACAUCGAUACAACGAGCCAAAUGCUGGAGAGUACGGUGAAGGCAUACGAAGCGAAGGUGGAUGAGUGUCUGUCCGAAUACAUGGCGCAAAUUGCAGGAUCACAGCCCUACACGUCCAAUGUAAAAGCUAGACGUCAUAAGAAAACGGAAUCCAUCGCUUCAGGACCGAGGUCAAAUUCAGGAAGCGCACGGCUUUCUAUGUACACUACUAAUAACUGUGAUAAGAAGAUUCUGUACCAGAUCAUGAAAAAGCAUGAAAAACCGAAAGAACCGGAAAAAGUUAAGUCACCAAAAAGCAGUCGUCGGCCGCUGAUGCGCGCCCCCCCGCCGGCGCCCCGGCCGCGGCGCUCGCGGCCCCGCCCGCCGGAUGGGGACAUCGCCACCAUGGUGGAGGCUUUCGACCCGUCUGUAUCCAACUUGAUGAGCAGAGAACCGAGCUUCUGUAACAAUCUUGAUAAAAUGGCUAGCUCAAGACCAAAAGAGUCUCCAAAUAUGUCCCCAAGAAGAACCACUAAUAAUAGUCCAAGGAGGAUGCAUGCAGACUCCCCAGCAAGGAGGACCCAAACCAAUACGCCGCGCAGGUCGCAUGGCAACACACCAAGGAUGCCACACGACGACCUUUCGCCAAAAAGUUCACACAACACUCCAAGGAGACUGACUAGUUCUGUUGCACCGAAAAAUAAAAAGACCACAGACUCAAAGCAAAAAGUGUUACCUGACAAAGAUAAAAAUAAAGACUUGAAGAUAAAUCUUGCUGUGGAAUGCGAUUUAGAAAAAUCGGAUAAUAUUGAGAAAAUUAAGAAAAAAGUCGACGUUGCCACGGAUAAACGGGCUGAAGAAGAAGAAGAUGAAUUGCAAAGAAAUGCGGAAUCCAAGGGACACUGUAGCGGCGAUGGUCCAGCGGUGAAGACGGGAAGGUCACAAGGAGCCAGGAAUGCCCAGCUGCUGUGCGUGAGAGCUAGCAGCCCGAGACAGGAGCACGGGGGCACCACGGAACUGCUCAAGAUACUAGAGAAGACAAUCCACCGCAAGAAGCCCAAGUCUGCCAACCCUGACCCACCUCACAACACGGACCGCUUCCACCUCAAGUUCCACGUCCCCGAGGCGGUGACCGCGGGGCUGCUGCGGCACCGCGCCAGCUUCCUCCAGCAUAUGCUGGCCAGCCCCCUGUAUGCUAAUAGCGUGCUGGGGAGACCCUGGGAGGUCAUCGGCAGUGUGUCUGAUGAAAUGGUGGAUGAGCUGGUGCGGGGCUGCGUGCAGGACAUGGAGAUAAGAGGAGUCGUCGAUGAAAUGUUCAGGAGUGAGACCACGUGAUAAUAUACUUAUAGUUUUAUAUUUAUUUUAAUUUUAUAAUGCUUUAUUUAUUAGACUUGCCUAUUUGAUUUUAAUAAAUGAUUUUUAAAAAGA